CACACACACACACACACUUUAUUUUUAUUUUUUUAUUCCUUGUUCCGAACCAUAACCUUCUGAGAAGAGGGGAGAGCAGCAGGAUAGGAAAGGCAAAGGUUUGGGGAACUGCUGCUGGGUCACAUGUAAAGGGAAGCAUCAGUCAUUUCUCGUCCUGUUCCUACGCAGUGAUUUGAACUAGAUUCAAUCCUGGAAGACGCUGCCUCUGAGAAGAGAUCCUUCUUUCUCAAGCUCUGGUUCAUUAAGUCCCCCAUCUCAGGGUCUGUGGGGACAACUCUAGAGACUCCCCAAAAAGAGGGAUGUAAAAAAUGAUACUCCUAUCCUGGAGAGUUAUUUCACUCCUACACAAAAGGGAUGCUAACCCCAGGGCACUCACAAGCAUGCAUUUGACAAAAACAUGUAAAAUAGGCUUCAUCUAAUUUAAUUUAUAACCACUGUUGGAGCCUUUUGGAAGAUCUCAUCAAAAUAGAAAGCAGUUUGGGGAACUGCUGGAGGCAUCUAACAUUUUUCCAGCCUGUCCCAACCUGAACCUUCUCAGAAUUUCGUAUUCCCAUGAUUCAAUCAGUCAGCAUCUCCUGGGUCUGUCACAAUUAACUGCUCUUUUCAAUAGACCCAGGACCUAAGAACCUUUCAGACUCACAAGACUGGCUUCAAGCGUGGACAUAUCCACCAUGAGAAGGAUCUGGGAAAGUUCUGAGUCUAGGAGGGCUCUCCUAGCUGUGACCCGGAGUUUCCUCAAAUGUAAAAGGAGCUGGAGAAGGGAAUGACCAACCAUGUCUGCAGAGGAAACCCCAAGCAGACACGAGUGGAAAAUGACCCAACCACAAUCACAGGUGUCAGUCUACAAUGCUAAAGGGGAUUUUCCACAUUGACAAGCCGAUCCUUCGAAGGAUUCGUGUUUAUGGGACCAUUGAUAGUGCCUGAGGUUUGGUGACCUCUCCCUGGGGGUGACACGCCAUGGGACAACUUCAUUUAACAGUGGCGAGCGCUAACGAGGGGCAGGGAUCUCGGGGGCUUCCCGGAGGAGGCAGUCCUUGAGCGCAGCUUCGAAGGAUGAGAGCCCUACUGAGAGUGAAGGGGCGCGCAUUCCAUUCCCGGAAUGGGCUCCGGAACAGCUGACCAAGGGAUUUGCAAGGACUCCCAAGGACCAGCUGAAAACACGCUCGGGGGACGCUCGAGGCCUCCGUGUGGCCGUGUGUGGCCGUGUGUGCCCGGCCCCGCGUGGAUGAGAACAGAUUGUCUCGGAGCCACCUCAGGGGUUCCCAACCUGAAGACAGGACACGGGACUCCCCGGAGCAUGCGCACAAGCCGCCGCGGGCCUUCGCACUGGGUUUCCCAGAAGCCCUUGUAGCCCGGGCGGCGGGAGGGAGCGCGGCCCACGCGGGACUUCCUUUCACUCUGUUUUUUCGUCCUCGCGCCCUUAGCGUCUGUCUCGGAUCCGCUCAGGCCUCAGUUCGGCGCCGCCUCCGAGGCCGGGCAGUGGAGACACCGCCGCUGAGAAAGGGCCGACGGCUGAGGAUUCUCAGUGUCCUCAAAGGUAAAGCAUUGAGUAAAGACAUGGCCUUUGCCUUCCUUCCUCCUGUGGCUCACCAGGACCUGGUGACCUUCAAGGACGUGGCUGUGGACUUCACCCCGGAGGAGUGGGGGCAGCUGAUCCCCUCCCAGAAGGAGCUGUACCGGGAUGUGAUGCUGGAGAACUACCAGAACCUGGUCUGGCUGGGACUUGCAGUUUCCAAACCAGAUGUGAUUUACCAGUUGGAGCAAGUAGGAAGCACUUGGGUACCUGAGGGGGAGACCCUGACAGUCAGUUGCUCAGAUUUUGUGACUAGACUUGAAACCAAGCUGACCAUUCCAGAACUGGACAUUUCUUUGGAAGUCUCAGCCCAGGAAAAAUUUUCAAGGGACAGUCCUUGUAUCUUCAAAUUGGGAGAAGCCUUGAAAUAUGAUGGCUGGCUGGGAAGGCAGCAGAAUAAGGAGAAACCUUAUGAAUGUAAUAAAUGUAUGAAUGUAAAGUCCUUCCACCAGAGCACACAGCUUCCUUGGCCACAGAAAAUUCAUAGCGGAGAGAAACCUUUUGUGUGUAAGGACUGUGGGAAAGCUUUCCGCCAUCGCCCGGCUCUUUUACAACAUUGGAAGAUUCAUACUGGAGAGAAACCUUAUAAAUGUGUAGAAUGUGGGAAGGCCUUCCACCAGAGGGCAGGACUGAAUCAACAUCAGAAAACUCAUACCAGAGAGAAACCUUACAUCUGUAAGGAGUGUGGGAAAGCCUUUCACCAGAGCACAGCUCUCACUCUGCAUCAGAGAGUUCAUACUGGAGAGAAACCUUAUGAAUGUACGGAGUGUGGCAAGGCCUUCCAUCAACGAACGGGACUCAAUCAACAUCAGAAAAUUCAUACCGGAGAGAAAACCUACGUAUGUGGUGAAUGUGGGAAAGCCUUCCACCAGAGCCCUACUCUUACUCGACAUCGGAGGAUUCACACUGGAGAAAAACCUCAUGUGUGCAAGGUGUGUGGGAAGGCCUUCCACCAGAGCACAGCACUUACUCAACACCAGAGGAUUCACACUGGAGAGAGACCUUAUGAAUGUACGAAAUGUGGGAAAUCCUUCAACUGCAACUCAUACCUUAUUUCCCAUUACAGAAUUCAUAUCGACGACAGACCGUACGAAUGUAAGGAGUGUGGGAAGGCUUUCCGCCGGAGCACGCAGCUCACGCGACAUCGGCGAAUCCACACGGGUGAGAAGCCUUAUGAAUGUAAUGAAUGUGGAAAGGCCUUCUACAGGCGGUCAGGACUUACUGGACAUCAGAAGAUUCAUACUCGAGAAAAACCUUACGGAAUCAAAUGACUGUAGCAGAGCCCUGAAAACAAAGCACUUACUUGAACAGACACUGAGGAGACAUAUUAUAAAUGUAAUGAAUGUGGAAAUGCCUUUUGCCAGAUUAUAGGACUUGUUUGACAUCUGAGAAUUCUGAUUGGGCCUAAAGAAUGUCAUGUUUCUGGCAAAGCCUUCUUUAAGAGUAAAUAACUUAGCACCAAAGGAAUCACACUGGGAAGAAACUUUAUGAAUGCAGUCUUCUGAAGUAAUGCAUGCGUGAAAAAGUAUUUCACUUUGCUGAAAGACUUAGAAUCAGACUAAAAAAGGACUCUAUAGAGAAAGAAAACUCCAAGUUUCCCACAUCUUUUUCAUAACUUUUUUUAAAAUGGAAGACUAUAACACUAUUUAUUGACCAUUUACCAGUAUUUGCAAUAAACUACAUAACAUAUAAUUACAUAACAUUAAAGUGAC